AUGCGGUUCCGCAAGCAUAAAGACGAGGCAGACCAGUCGGUACCAACAACGGUAGAGCUGCCAUUACAUGGUUCAGAUGGAGAGGACGAUGACGUGGAUAACCUGCCGUCUCGAUUGGCUUGCAAGCUCAAGAUUCAAGCAGCCAUUCGAAAACGGGAUCAUCUUGGUAUUGUGCGGAUAAAGGUCCCUGAUUUUUCUGCUGAAAACCAAGUCCCUGCUUCUAUCAUUUGUGUCCUCGACAUCAGUGAUUCAGGUGAUCAACCUUCCUGUUUGCACAUCAUCAAGUAUGCUGCAAGGAAAGUAGUGAAAACUCUGGGUCCGAAUGACCAGCUGUCCAUUGUGACAUAUUCCAACGAGGGUGCAGUUCUUAUGCCGUUUACGAAAAUGACCGCGGAGAAUAAGCCUUCAGCCCUCCGUCUGCUGGAGACUCUCGAACCGACCGGCAAGUCCAAUCUUUGGGGUGGACUCUUGCAAGCAAUUAAGACGGCCACCGGAAAAGCGGCAGAAAUUUUGGUCUUAACCGACAGUGUUCCAGAUAUCCACCCUCCACGUGGAGAAGCUGAAAGCUUCAUUCGCUUAAAGCAAAAGCACUUGCAAUGGAGAUGUCGGUUAUCUACUUUCGGUUUUGGAUACAACAUUGAUAGUCGACUUCUGUAUUCCCUGGCAUCAGAAGGCGACGGACAAUUCUGCUUUCUACCAGACAAAUCUUUCGCCGGCACUGUUUUCAUGAGCGCGACAGCGAAUAUACUGAGCACAGCGAUCUACUCAAGUUUCCUGUAUUUCGAUGAUAAACACAGAAAUCCAUGGAUUGACGACAGCUUUGAUGCGGAGGCUGAGAAUCCAUCGCAACUCUGCAUACAAAUUCCUAGUCUUUCUUAUGGUCAGACUAUAGAUGUGCUUGUAAGCAACGAUAUAUCUGUCUACUCCAAAUGUCGCGAACUGGAUGGGUUGCUUGGAGGGAAAGCAGACUUCGUAACCACGCUUGACAUUGAAAUAGCCCGACUGCGAGGAAGGCUGGUGUCAAUGGUUCAAAAUGCAGAAGAACGCUUCCACGCAAAUGACCCCAAUGCUUUGUCUUUGGCUCAGAAAGAAUGCCAAAAACUGAUCGGCGAAGUUAAUAAUGUGUCGCAAAAGGCCGCAUUUCUAGCGAGCGACGAAUAUGCUGUUCGUUUGCGAGCCAUAGAAGCUGAUUUGACUGACAACGUGACGAAAGCAUAUAGUCGAGAAGACUGGCACACCAUUUGGGGAAGACACUACGUCCUAUCCCUCAUCAGGGGUCACGAGCUACAACGAACGACAAAUUUCAAAGAUCCCGGUUUACAGCAAUAUUCAACCAAGACACUGAGCCUCAUUCGAGGGAUGGCAGACAAGGAAAUGUCAAAAAGUCCAGAUCCUAAACCUUGGUUUCAAAUCCCCCAAAAGAGUGGAAGUUGA